AUGGCUUUUAUCUUUCCAAAAAUUAUAAAUUUAUCUGCUUUAGCUUUAGCUGUUUAUUUUUACUUAUUUGCAGAAAUUAUUGCUGCACCAGUCGAUAAUUCAGUUCCAAAAAAGAAAAAUAUUAUAUUUUUAGUUGGUGAUGGUUUAGGUCCAAGUGGUGUUACAUUAGCUAGACAAUAUAGACAAUAUAGUGAAGAAUUACCAUAUAAUGAUUAUUUAGAAUUAGAUAAACAUUAUAUUGGGACUCAAGGUCAUAGAUCAAAUAGUUCAUUAAUUACUGAUUCUGCUGCUGCUGGUACUGCUUUAGCUACUGGUAAAAAGACUUAUAAUAGAGGUAUAAGUGUUGAUGUUAAUGGCAGAGCUCUUGGUGCAGUUGGUGAAGCUUUGAAAUUAAAAGGUUAUACUACUGGUUUAGUUGUUACAACUUCAGUUGCUGAUGCUACUCCAGCUGUUUGGUUCUCACAUGCCAAAAACAGAGCUGAUCAAGAUAUUCUUGUUGAACAAUUAGUUGGUGAAACUCAUCCUUUGGGACAUAUUCCUGAGUUAAUUAUUGGUGGUGGUAGAGGUUGGUUCUACGGUCAAAAUGAAGGUGGUUUGAGACCAGAUAAUAGAAGUAUUAUUGAUGAGGUUCAAACAAAUGGUACAUGGACUUAUAUUGACACCAGAGAACAAUUUGAUGCAUUAGAUGAUGGUAAAAAUGUUACUUUACCAUUAUUAGGUUUAUUUGCUGAAGAAGAUUAUCCAUAUAGAAUUGAUAGAGAAGAUUCAGAAUAUCCAAGUUUAGUUGAACAAGCAAGAGUUGCAAUUAACGCUUUGGCUGAAGCUACUAAAGAUUCAGAACAAGGGUUUUUCUUAUUAAUUGAAUCAUCUAGAAUUGAUCAUGCAGGUCAUUCAAAUGAUUCACCAGCCCAUAUUGCUGAAACUUUAGAAUAUGAUGAUACAAUUGCUGAAGUUUUAAAAUUUGUUAAAGAAACUGAUGUUGAUACUAUUGUUGUUGCUACUGCAGAUCAUGAAACUGGUGGAUUAGUUUUAAAAUCAACUCAACCAUCACAAUUUGCUAUAAUAGCUAAUGCUACUCAUUCUACUGAAUAUUUAACUGAAGAAUUAAUUGAUUUCCCAAAUAAAAACGAUACUCAAGCAUUAGAUGAAUAUAUUAGAGGAGAAAUUUUUACUAAUGGAUUAGGUUUAUAUAAUAUUACUGAUGAUGAAGUUUCAAGAAUUGCUAAAUUUGUUGCUAAUGGUACUUUAACAAUUGGUAAAGAAAGUGCUAUUGCAGUUGCUUUAAGUAAUUUAACUUCAUCAAGAGCUAAUAACAAAUGGGCUUCAACUGAUCAUACUUCUGUUGAUGUUGGUUUAUAUGCUUUUUCAAAUGCUGAUUAUUUACAACAAAAAGUUCAAAAUGUUAGAUCAGGUUUAGCUGGAUAUCAUGAAAAUACUGAUUUUAGUGUUUUUAUCAAAUCUAUUGCUGAUAUUGAUUUAGAUGAAGUAACUGAACAAAUUGCUGAUAUUAAAUUGGAACAUUAG